UGACAUGGCUGCCCACAAGAUUGCUCAUGCCACAUUGAAAGGACCAAGUGUUGUUAAGGAGAUAUGCGGUGCAAUUGUAGUUGCCUUUUCGGUUGGUGGUAUUUGGAAAAUGUAUCACUGGAAUGAGCAGAGGAAAGUGAGGGCAUUUUAUGACAUGCUUGAGAAAGGUGAAAUUAGUGUUGUUGUUGAAGAUUAAACUUUUUCUUUUAGUUCCAUUUUGUGAUCUUAUAUGACUCAUAAGCUAAGAUGAACAUACGUAGUUGUGGUCUUUAAUGAAUAAAUUGAUGUGUUGAGGUGUGGAUGACAUUAUUGCACCAUAAAUUGUCAGGAUUCAUUUUUUUCA